CGUAGUUAAAAAUCACUAAUUAAUAAGUUCAGUUCAGUUCAGUUCAGCUGAGUUCAGUCAAUGAGAACAUGCCUUGUCAAUUCUGCUUUGGAACGCUAGGGGCAUUGCUCGCCGGGGAUUCAAAAGAAACUUCCGGCAAUUAAUGAAGGAUCAUGACCCGGAAAUUGUGGUUCUUACCGAAACAAAAGUCAAAAAAUCGGGAGUGGAGGAGAUAAUUGAGAACCUCCCCUUCAAUUCCUUUGAGGUGGUUGAUCCGGUGGGACUCUCGGGGGGUAUUCUCAUCCUGUGGAACAGCGGAGUCAAUUCCAUCACCACUGUCACCAAAGACCGCCGCUUCAUUACGCGGUUGUUCAGGGCCCUACAAAUGGAGCUCCAUCUGGAUAUGCGCUUUGAACCAAGAGAAUCAAAUGCAGUUGUAGAUAUCUUAGCUAAGGAUGCAAGAUGCCACCUCCAGGACUUGAAUCAGAUUUGUAUUUUGGAUCAUAUGCCUGUAAUUUGUGGCGAAGCUUUUGUAAGAGACUUAUCUAAUUGUACUGAACUUUCGGUUUCUACUGAUGCUGGUGAUGUACCAGCUGAAACUUCUUGUAAUGUAACUUUUAAUUAAUCUAUGCAUCCUUUAUCUUCAAAAAAUGAGAACAGGCCCUAAGUCCAUACCAUUUGUUUUUGUAUUUCUUGAAUACAAAAGAAGAGAUAGAUAAAUAAUGGAGUAAUAAAAAAUUAAAUAUAUUAUAAAAAGUUUUUUUUAAGGGAUAGUAGAUGAGAUUAUAAGAUAGGUCAUCGUGCAGUGUAGACUCUCAUAUAAUUGACAAUGAAAACUCCGACAUUCUUCCCUAAAACACUACUCCGUAAAAUAAAAUAUACCUCUUUGAAACUCAACAUAAAAAUUACUAAAAUGACAUCAAAUGAUAAUGAACCUUUUGUUAAUUGUUUAAUGUUUAUAUUCCUCUUGUUAGAUUUAUAUAGUUCAAGAGCACAAAUUACA